AUGGCCAAGGCAUUCUUUUGCAGUGAGAACAUGGAGCUGGCACAGCUGCUGGUGCACGAGGAUAACGCCUUCAAUUGCCUGGUCGAGGUGGGUCACACUGGCGGCCUGCAGUUCAACAAUGUCUACGACGAGGAUCGUCUGCUAAACGGCAUGUACACACAUAAGGUAUAUCAAUGCUCGGAGUUGCUGCGUUAUGUGGAAUUCUUGGAGAGUCAGAUGCCCAGUCAGGACAUUUAUCCCACUUACUACGACAAAGUGGAUGUGGAGGAGCGUCCGAGGGAAUCGCAGAUACCACUUUAUGAUAUGCAGCUGCGUCAAAUGAAUGAGGAGAUGCGUUCUGUUAUGGAGCAUUACACCACGUUGGAGCGGCGUCACAACUAUUUGGAGGAGAAACGUUAUGCCAUACAGAAGGCUCAAAAGAUGCUCACAUCCGAUGGAUCACACGGUGCCCAGCUGCUCUAUGCGGAGGAGAACUUGAAGGAGAUACUGAAAGAUACGUCCGAUGGCUCACCAUUUAGUUCGCAUCUCAAUUACAUAUUGGGCAGCAUCAAUGUGGAAAAGUUUCCGGUCUUUGAGCUGAUGCUGUACCGACUCUUCGGGCGUAAUCUCUUGGUCCGACGUGCCGAAAUGCCCGAGAAGGUUUACGAGCAGAUUGGACAUAGACGUUUGUUGGUCCACAAAUUUGUGGUGCUUCUGAUGACCAUAUCGGUGAACAUACGCCCCAAGUUGCUCAAGUGCUGUGCAGCCUUUCAUGUGACCAUCUUUGAGUGUCCCGAGACAUCCACUCAGCGUCUGCUGAUGAUCAAUCAACUGGAGAGGGAAUCCAAAGACGUCAGCUUCGUGCUAAGCGAGACGAAGUCUGUGCAAAAACGAAUCCUGCUCAUUGCCGCCAGAACCAGCUACACAAUGCGCAUUAAUCUCAACAAAGCCAUGAAGAUUUACGAUCUGCUCAAUCGACUCAGUCCAGUGGGAGCUCAGGAGCAUCAGAAGUAUCUGCAGGCCGAGUGCUUUCUGCCCGCCUCACAGCUUGCUGAAGUUCGUGACGCACUGAAUCGUGGUGCUCUGGCCGAGAUUGGUGAGGCUGAAGGCUUCAAUCCGCAGCCUCUGCUCCUGUUGCGCACUCGCAAAUCCAGACACACACCGCCCACAUAUUUCCGGCUGAACAAGUUCACUCACGGCUUUCAGAAUCUCAUCGAUUCGUAUGGCAUGGCGGACUACAAGGAGCUGAAUCCGGCGCCAUAUACAAUCAUCACGUUUCCCUUUCUGUUUGCCAUCAUGUUUGGGGAUCUUGGACAUGGCCUGAUUCUGAUCCUGUUUGCCUGCAUCCUGAUCUUCCAGGAGAAACGCAUCGAGGAAAUGCAACGCACUGCGCGCAGUGAUAAUGAGAUACUAAAUAUUUUAUAUGCCGGUCGCUAUAUCAUUCUGCUGAUGGGCAUCUUCUCGGUGUACGUUGGGUUCAUCUACAAUGAUGUCCUUGCCAUGCCGAUCAACGUGUUUGGCUCCAGUUGGAGCUGUGUCUACAACUCGAGUACAGUUCGUAAGAUGAGCUCCAAGUUUGGCCUGGAUCCAAACAAUCCGCAAUUCUACUCGGGUCAUCCAUAUCCGAUUGGCCUGGAUCCCAUAUGGAAGAUCAGUGGCGAGGACUCGAUAACCACUGUCAACUCAUUGAAAAUGAAACUGGCCAUCAUUUUGGGCAUUUCACAGAUGAUGUUCGGCUUGGUUCUGGCAGCUGUUAACUGCAUUUCACUGAAUCGAAAGUGCGAUCUGUUUCUGAUGGUGAUUCCACAGUGUAUAUUCAUGAUAUGUUUAUUCUGCUAUCUCGUCUUUCUCAUCUUCUUCAAGUGGCUCACCUACGGUGGCCUCAAACAGACGCCCUAUAACUCUGCCUGUGCCCCGUCGGUGCUGAUCACCUUCAUUGACAUGAUGCUGAUGAAGACAACCGAGCUGGAGGUGAAGACCUGCAACAAAGGCAUGUUUCCCCACGAACGCAUGCUCGAGUAUGUCCUGGUGCUGAUUGCCUUUUGUGCCGUGCCCAUUUUGCUAGCCGGCAAACCCAUUUAUUUGACGCGUCGCCAGAAGAGGUUGACUAAGGAACGCGAGCAGCGAGAUAUGAAUGAUUUACAGGAGAAAGGACGCGAAACCCUUAAGGAGAUGAAAUCCUCGCUGCAUUAUUCUGUCGGUUACAGUGUUGAUACGGAGAAACGCGAAUCGGAAACCAGAUCACAUUCAGUCGCCGAUGCCGUCGAGUUUGACUUGACCGAAAUCUGGAUACACUCUGGCAUUCACACCAUCGAAAGUGUUUUGGGUUCUGUAUCCCAUACCGCAUCCUAUUUGCGCCUUUGGGCCUUAUCUCUGGCCCACAGCCAGCUGGCGGAUGUUCUGUUCCACAUGGUGCUCACCAAGGGCAUCUCCAAUAAUUUACCCAUCUAUUUGGGCGUGCCCGUGCUGACGGCCACCUUCUUCAUUUGGGCCAUACUCACUGUCGCCAUUCUGGUCAUGAUGGAGGGUCUAUCGGCAUUUCUGCACACACUGCGACUCCACUGGGUGGAGUUUCAAUCCAAAUUCUUUAAUGGCGCCGGCGAAAUGUUUCGUCCCUUCUACUUUCCGCCAUCUACUAUACGCGGUUAAAUGGAGCUUUUAAUUCUUUGAUUUCGAUUUGUUUUUCUUUUUUUUGUUGUAGAUAUCUAAUGUCAGUUGCAAAUUAAAACU